GUACCAUCAAUUGUAUCCUGUCAUCAAGCAUCAUGCACGUGAUGCACAUGUGAGGAAUGCGCUAAAAACAAAUAGUUAACCUAAAAUAUAAACAAAAACUGCCAAAAAGCCAAGAAAAAUAAAUACAAGUCCAGUUAUUAAUUGUGAUUGUUAAUGUUCACAUAUAAAUUAGACAAUCUUUGUGUAAGUUAAUAUCAGUAAAUUAACUCAACACUCAAAAAUGGUUAAGCAAAAAAGUGAAUCUAUCAGCCAGUCAAAAACUUUAAAGGUGGUUCUUGAGGAUUGUAAAUCUCCUUCUGAAGGGCAGUUACCAAAGAAGGCACAACUAAUAGAUGCAACGUCCAAGAAAAGAAAAAGAAAAAAUUCAACAAAUUCUAUGAAAACUGAACAACCACCAGAAAAUAUUUGUCAAAAUAUGACGACUCGGUCUAAUUCUAAAAGAAUAAAAACAUUACAAAAGGUUAUUUACAAAAAUAAGUAUUUCCCAGAAGAAUAUUUACCAAAGAAAACGAAAUUAGUCGAAUCAAUUUUGGAACAAAAGAAGAAAAGCUUAAAUUUAUCCACUGUUUUGCACACUGACGAUGAAGAGGAAAUAGCAGAUAAUGUUCGUCGAGAUUUACUUGAGGAAGAGAGAAAAAGAAUAUUUAGUAGUGUUCCUUCGAGAAGAAGGAAACGAAAGACACUAAUAAAGUCAGAAAGUGAGUCCGAGGUGCCACUCGAUGUUUUACAAGCAUCUAGAUUGAAAGAGGUGCUUUCCAAACUUAGCAGCAAAGAGAAGCCCGUUAAACUAAAUUUCAAAGUUAAAAGCUGCAUUACAAGUAAGGAUUCAACAUCAAGAGGUUCGUGGCGCUCACCUGGUUACUUAUUGAGCACAAUUGUUGAGUGUCUCUUAAAGAGAAAAUGGAAUAUUUUGCCAUAUCUCAUUUUGGAGCUUAUUAAUAUAAACAAAGAGCAUUAUAAGCCUAUUAUUAGACUACUGUAUGAAGUAUGUGAUCAGCAUCAUCCUGUAAUACGAGAACAUGGUUUAAAAGGAAAACACAAGGAUAUCAAAAGGCGUCAAAAAAUUGGAAGUGAUACCACUAUAGUUUAACACAUUUGCUGGGCAUGACUCAAAUCAGAGUCAAAGUGAUACUAUAGUUGUGCAUGACACUGAUCGGGGACAGUAACCUGUUGAUUUUAAAUUACUAUAUAUUUUUGCUGUUCCUGGAUAACAACUGUCGCGAAAAGUCCACAGCGAAUUUGUUAAAAAAUAAAUCCUAAUUAUAUUAAAAUUCAUUGAUAUUGUUAUUAUUGAUAAUUUUAUUAUUGAUAAUGUUAUAAUAAAUUAUUAUGAAUGAAAUAAAACAGAGAAAUACUCGCAA